AAGCGCAUUCAAACCGUUCUCGUCGACAUCAGCGUCUUCGUGGGAUUAAGGUGAAUCGGCAGUAGGAUUAUUAGUUAUAGUAUACACGGCCAAAAUGCGACGUUAUAUAUCUUUGAGGAGAUGCUCCAUGAUAAAAGGGUGCAUGAAAACAGCUGGAAGCUAUACGUACCCGAAUAGUUGCAGCCCACCACUUACAAUUGCACACUGUCCAUCACAAUCGAGCGCAUUUGCACCGCUGCGACAUGCACACACAUCAGCACAGCGUACAAGACAUGACACUCUGAAACAUACGCACACAACACCACAGCAUGUGACAGAUAAAAUACUUAAUAGCUCAUAUAAUACAGCCACACGUCAACCAAAUUGGGAACAGAAACAAGUGCACACACAAUCACAGUAUGAAUCAGAUGCAGUACACACCGGCACACACACAUCAGCAAUACAUCAAUCAAAGCCAACAAAGGAUCACACACACGCACACACCUCAACACGGCACAACACAGAGACGACAACGCGAACCCCACACACGAAUCCACAGCGUAAAAGGACUGGGCAAGCAGAUGUACCGUACAUAGUAGAUGCAGAGAAACUGAGCCUCAAGGCACGGCAGCUCAAGAUAGAGUGGACGGAGAAGGAGAAGUUACAACAGAGCGGGACACUGAUCAAUCCGUUUGGAAAGGCACACAAACCACACAACAAGCUGACCCCGCCCAACUACGACCGCACACGCAGGCUGAAGAGCGGGGUGAAUGACUGGUACAGUAUCCAGAUCGACAAGAAGGAACGUGUGCGGUGGCAACGGUGGAAGUAUGAGCGUAUGAAGGCGUGGAAGGAGAGGCGUAUCCUGCAGGAGCCUGUGGUGAGGGUGCACUGGUGCGAUAUCAGCCAGGACAUGUUCCGCGAACAGAAUGUUCGGUACUUAGACGCCAGAGACGAUGCGCGUGCGGUGCUGGAGCGCCAGCGAGAGGCGUUGGAUAGACAAUUGGCGGAGUUGGAGACGGAGCUACCUGUGGCUACGGAUGAUACAGAGGUGAGCACGUGUAUGCAUGGGGAGACUCACGAGAAGCACUGGCAAGCGGAUAUGCACACUGCAGUACGCAUGCAGGACCCUUCCUCACAUGCGCAAGUGGCUGUACAUACUGAAACACCCGCAGGCAGGCAGGGAAGGGAGGAUCAAUUGACUACAGAUACACCUACCAACACACACACCUCUACAGAUACGCCUACCAGUACACACACACCUACAUAUACACCUACCAACACACACACACGUACAGAUACGUCUACCAACACACACACACCUACAUAUACACCUACCAACACGCACACACCUACAGCGUACUAUCAGCAAGGACAGCAGCCGAAUGAAUGGUGGCUGCAAGGGAGCUGGGAUGACGGGUAUGGUAUUGCGAAGAGGCUGUCGCUCUACACAGCCCGAGAAACGGCCAAACAGUUGGGAUCAUAUGCACCCGGGUUUGUCGAUGCCAGCCGCAACAAGCAGCUAGAGAUAGGGUUGGCGAGGUACAACGUCCAACAACAGACCAUGCCCAUGGUGCGACACCCGGGUAGUCGCAGGGCUGUGAGGAAUGGAGGCACCGACACAGUACCGUUGACCAUGCGGCUGCUGACGACGGAGAAGUACAGCCCCUACAGAAAGGCGGUGGUAGAGCAAUACAAACACCAGGCCAUCAAUCCACGCGACAUGUACAGCAACGAUCUGGUGCACUCGUGCAUUGUGCUGCUCACAUCGACCAAGGGCCGCAUGAAUGACUCGACCGAGAAGCUGGUAGGUAAAGUGUGGGAGACUCUGGUCGACACCGCCGUGGGGCUCAGGCACCGGAUGUCGCUGUAUGAGCUAGCGGCGGUGACGACGUGUGCCAGUACGGCUGCGCACCCGUGUGAUACGUUGCUGCGAGAGUGUGCGGUGCGGAUCAACCGUAUUGUGUACGGAAACGGACGGAAUGAUACCUACAUGACAUGCUGUCUGGAUCCUUUGGUGGGUGUAUCUGUACCUACGCCGAAGCAUACUGCCAGUUCAUUGGAUGGUAGCAUGGAUGAUAGUGAGCGAAGGGAGCGAGCGAAUGCCACGAAGCCAGAUCCGGGGGUGGACUAUCACAGAGGAAUUGCUGGAGGUGCUGAGGCAGAUGACGAUCACCACGAAGGCGAGGCGUUUGAAGGCAUAGUAGACUUGCUAGAUAGGGACUCAGCGCUGCUGACGAUGACAGCAUUUGCACGCAGUGGCUAUAACUACCGUGAGGAGUACAGAUACAUCCUGCGCACGCUGGGCGAUGUUCUUGAAGGUCUGGUGCGUACAGGAACAGCACGCAAUCGGGAACAGGGUCUGUGGGAGUGUGUGCACACAGACACACGCGGGGUUCGGCCAAACCCCAAGGCAGCCACAGACGCUAUCACUAGCAUGGUGGAUGUGAUCAGUAUCAUGCGAACGUACCACGCCAUGCGUAUCUCGCACACGGGACUAUUCAACGCCAUAGGCGAGUUGGUGAGUGAGACACUGUACGAUAGCAAGAACAUUCUGUACCAACCCUCGCACGCCCACAGAUACGCGGCUAAAAAUAACUUGGUAGGAAUGCACGGGUGGCUCAAUGACGUGCCCCCUGUACCCGCACCUGUGGCUAUGGGACCGCGGACACUCCCCCUACCCAACCACGAAUUCUCGGUGUACUAUUUGGACGAUAUGCUUAGAGCGGUGUCUAUGCUGAGGAUUGACCAGUUCACGCUGGCCCAAUACGACAGCCCUGCCUCGUCUGCACCCGGACAUACGCACCUCAACACACACGUGGACAGGGGCGCCUGUGCGCUCACACGCACCUUGCAAGACGCAGUGCUGCCCACUGUGUCGUACUACAUACAAUUAACGGGUGCACCCCAACGAGCACACACACAUAAAAUAUACUCUCUGUCUCAAUCGGUGGGGUCUCAUGCUACCCCACCCAGCCACACAGCCACAGACGCAAGGUGGAUAGCGCCGAUUCUGUCGGUGUUGCACAGUCUGGCGCUGCUGAGUGUGCCCACGUCUGAGCACGUGACUGUGGAUGAGGUUAGUAAGGAUAGGGACGAGUAUGGGGGUGUAGGGAAUGGGGGUGGUAGGGUGGAGGUACGAGUAGAUAGGCCUACAGGUGAGGAGGAAAAGGGGCUCAGAGAGGAGAAGCGUGUGCGUGCUUGGCAGAAGGUGUUUGCGCAGACGCUCGCAGAAGUGGCACCGCAUAUAGCGCAGUUGAUGCCGCGCAAGCUACCGUUAGAAAACAAACUUCGGACCCACACCUUGUUCCAAAUCAUCAAGCACACACAGCGGAACGUGUACGAUGAUCUUCUGAGCACACAUCGGGCCCUUCAUGGGGUGCUGGAUGAGUGUCGCAUGGGGUUCUCGCGUAUCUCUGACGAUGCUACUAUGGGCAACUUCCAGCAGAGUGUGACGGAUAUAGUGCGGCAGAUGGUACAGAACUUCCCUGACCCAACCAACGCCCCGGAUACCGACAAUGAGGUGCCGAAACAGUCGCACACUCGCCUCAAGAACAAUAGUGCCUUGGAGGUCGUGGUCGAGUUUUUAGACGCCCAAGCAGGUGUUGACUUAGACAUAGCUCUACCGGCGUUGAAAAUCGGCUUUGAGGUGAACGGGCGCACAUCGCAUUACGUUGACGAUCUCACAAGUGCCGUGGCAGUGUAUGAGUACAGCACUCUGCUGGGCAAAACCUGUGCCAAAGACUACCUACUGAAAAGCGCGGGCUGGCAUGUGUGUAACAUCAGUGACCAGGAUUGGCCUAAGCAGUGGUGGGUGGAGGAAAACGUGCCGCCGGAAGACCGCCAAACCUAUCUGGCGGCGAAGCAAGUAUUUACGGACCAGUUGCGCGAGUUCGUAGCAGCGCAUAUGCAGGAUAAAUACAAGAGGUAGUUUGUAAGAGAACAUAGUAUUCAAUUUUAGAAGAAUUCAGACCGAGGCUUGUGCAUGAUAUCUGGUAUCAUGUAUAUGUAUGUGCAUGGUAUCUAGUAUCAUGUAUAUGUAUGUGCGUGGUAUCUAGUAUCAUGUAUGUGUAUGUGCACGGUAUCUAGUAUCAUGUAUAUGUA